AUGUCAAAGAAUUUAGCUGAUUCAUUAACUCAUCCAAUUAAAGAUAAGCUUCAAGAUAAAUUAAACAAUAGAAUGCCAGAUAAGAUUGAACUUUUCUCCAGAGAUUAUUAUGCCGCAUGUACUUUAGGGGGUAUUAUUGCUUGUGGUCCUACCCAUUCUUCUGUUACUCCAUUAGAUUUAGUGAAAUGUAGAAGACAAGUCAAUUCAUCAUUGUACAAAUCCAAUAUUGAAGGUUGGAAAACUAUUUUAAGAACUUCAGGUGAUUCUAUUUUCACAGGUAUUGGUGCUACUUUCAUCGGUUAUUCAUUACAAGGAGCCGGUAAGUAUGGAUUUUAUGAAUAUUUUAAGAAAACUUAUAGUGAUUUAGUUGGAGAGAAAGUGGCUAACAACUAUAAAACCGGUGUUUAUUUAGCAGCUUCUGCUUCAGCUGAAUUCUUAGCUGAUAUUGCUUUGUGUCCAUUUGAAACCAUUAAAGUUAAAACUCAAACCACAAUUCCUCCCUAUGCCACCUCUGUUCUUGAUGGUUGGAGAAAAAUCACCGCUGUGGAAGGAAUUGGUGGGUUAUAUAAAGGUUUGGUCCCUUUGUGGUGUAGACAAAUUCCUUAUACUAUGACUAAAUUUGCAACUUUUGAAUUGACAGUUUCUAAGAUUUAUGAAUAUUUAGGUAAGCCAAUGGAUGAAUAUACUCCUUUACAACAAACUGGGGUUUCCUUCUUAGGUGGUUAUAUUGCCGGUAUAUUUUGUGCUAUUGUAUCUCAUCCUGCUGAUGUUAUGGUUUCCAAGAUUACUUCAGAAAAGACAGCUGAUGAAUCAAUUGGAGCUGCUAUUCUGAAAAUAUAUGGAAAAAUCGGUUUUGGUGGUUUAUGGAAUGGUAUUGCCGUACGUAUAGCUAUGGUAGGUACUUUAACUGGAGCUCAAUGGUUGUUGUAUGAUUCUUUCAAAGUUUACGUUGGUCUUCCAGCAACCGGUCAUUAA